AUGGACUCCACCGACGAGGAAAACAAGGACGUACCGCCGCCACCACCAUCCUCACCGGCGACACCAAAGGCCGUCGACAAAAACCCUCCUGCACAAGAAACUGUGGACGGUAACCACGAAGACGACCACGACCAGCACAAGACCAAUACGAAGAAGCAAAUCCUCUGCCGCGUCGUCCUGAACAAGAGAUACGCUGUCGACCCGUUCACCUUCCCCGCCGCAGACGCCACGACCGUCGAAGCGCUGCUCAACAAGGCGUGGCCGGUCGUCACGACGGCAGUCUCGCGCUACAGACUCAAGCUCAAACCCUUCACGACCAUGUUCCUCAACCUGCAGGAAUCCUGUGCCGAGAAGCCCUACAGCGAGUACCUGUGGACGACGGUCAACACCGAGCGAGAUCCCCCGGAACAGUAUGCGGAGUGGUAUGUGCGUAAUGUGGUGAAUGGCAAGGGUGACGAAGAGAAGAAAGUCAUGGUUGAAAUCCACGUGCUGGCAAAGGGCAAGGCAGGGGAUAAAAACCACGCCAUCUUCGAGGGUGAGAUGAGAGAGGGCGGCAAGGGUGGCGAGGGGCCCAGGAGUGUCAUGGCGCCGUACAUCCGGCUGAGACACUCGGUUUAG